CAAGCUCCCAUUUCCAUGGCUUCUCUGUACAUUAUUCAUUCUCUUCUAAAACUAGCUUUCCUUUGUUCCUUUUGGCAUAUUAUUACCCCAUUGAGUUUGACUUACCCUGCUGUUUUUAACUUCGGGGACUCGAAUUCAGACACCGGUGGAUUAGUCGCCGGAAAAGGCUUUCCCUUGUCACGACUUAAUGGCCAAACUUACUUCCAUGAAUUCUCUGGCAGAUUCUGUGAUGGUCGCUUAAUCAUUGAUUUUCUAAUGGAAGCAAUGGAGCUUCCAUACAUGAAUCCAUAUUUGGAAUCUGUUGGUUCUCCCAGUUUCCAAACAGGGUGCAAUUUUGCUACCGGAGGGGCCACUGUUCAACCUGCAAAUGCAGAUUCAAUGAACCCUUUUUCCUUCAAUCUCCAGUUAUUUCAAUUCUUCAGAUUCAAGAAACGAGUUCUUGCAUUACUUUCCAAAGACAAGGAACUUGAGAAAUAUCUCCCUGCCGAAGAUCACUUCAAGAAGGCCCUUUACAUGUUCGAUAUUGGCCAGAACGAUAUCGAUGGUGCAAUGUAUUUUCUGACAUCGGAGAAACAAGUUAUCGAUUCCGUUUAUAAGCUUAUGUUGGAUCUCAACUACGGAAUGAAGAAACUAUAUGACGCAGGCGCAAGGAAUUUCUGGGUUCACAACACAGGCCCUCUCGGAUGCUUGCCCAGAAUCAUCGCUACAUUCGGAAAAGACCCGUCCAACAUCGACGAACACGGCUGCAUUGUCUCGCACAACAAAGCUGCCACCAUUUUCAACCAGAAACUCAGAGAUAUCUGCCUACAGUUCUUGGCACAAUCGCCCGAAGCCAACAUCACAUACGUCGACAUAUACUCGAUAAAGCUAAACCUUAUUUCAAACUCUUCCCUAUACGGAUUCCAGAAACCAAUAGCAGCAUGCUGUGGCUAUGGCGGACCGCCAUUGAAUUUUGACAACCGGGUACCCUGCGGUGUGACUAAGGAUCUGAACGGGACCAUUGUGACGGCAAAUCCAUGUAACAAUACAGCUGAGUACAUAAACUGGGAUGGUACUCAUUACACUGAAGCGGCGAAUAGAUUUGUGGCAGAUCAAAUACUAACAGGAAACUACACUGAUUCACCUCAUCUGGGGACGACCCCAUUUGUUAAUUGACCAAAUAUGAAUGCUAUUGUUGUUGUAUUUACUUUGUGCUUUCUAUUGGUUUAUCAGAGUUUUUAUACGACAAUGGCAGGACAUAGAUGAAAGCAGUGUUUAA